CUUGCGUUUUGGUAUUUUCCAGCUGCAGGUCGGAGUUCAUAAGAUCUGCAGUGUGUGCUUUGUUGUGCUCUUAGUUUUAUUUUUUGCAAAGUUGAGGUACUGGUUUUUAUAUAAAGCUGAAGAAUGUCUUCUGAUUCCGGAUAUGGUCAGCCUGGGGCACAUCAGCAAAGUUAUUCGUCCUACGGUGCACCUCCCACCCAGACCUACCAACAAAAUGAACAGAGCUACAGUCAAGGAAAUCAUGGAUCGACAUAUGGCGGACAGAACUAUACUUCGGGGUAUACUCAGCAGCAAGGGGCAAAUUUUGGGCAGUCAAGUGAGAACUUUUCCUCUGGUGGAUAUGGCCAACAACAGCGACCGGGAUAUGACAGCUACACCCAGCAGAGCAGUGACUCGUCAGGGGGGUUCAGUGCCAAACCAUCAUAUGGAGAGCAAGGAUCCUUUGGGCAGUCUCAAGGAGGAUAUAGCAGGAGAUUUGAUGGUGAUGACAGUCAGGGGGGGAGGGGCUAUGGAGGCGGUGAUCGGAAUGACGGGUACCGAGGCAGAGGAGGAUUUGACCGAGACGGCAGGGGUCCACCACAUGGCGUGGGAGGUGGCGACCGAGGUGGCUUCAAAAGUUACGGUGGCCCAAGGGAUGAUGGACCUAGACAUGAUUCAGGCGGUGAUCAGGACAACUCCGAUAACAACACGAUCUUUGUCCAAGGACUUGGGGAAGAUGUUUCAACUCAUGAAGUCGCAGACUACUUUAAACAGAUAGGCAUCAUUAAGUUGAAUAAGAAGACUGGCAUGCCUAUGAUUAACCUGUACACUGACAAAGCCACGGGGCGACCCAAGGGGGAAGCCACAGUCUCCUUUGAUGACCCUCCGUCAGCCAAAGCUGCCAUUGACUGGUUUGACGGAAAGGAAUUCAACGGGAGACCCAUCAAGGUGUCCUUUGCGACGAGGAGAGCAGAGUUUAUGCAAAGAGGUGGCCGGGGACGCGGAGGGUACCGGGGUGGACGUGGAGGGUUUGGUGGCCCGUCGUUUGACAUGAGAGGGGGAGACUGGCCCUGUCCCAACAGUUCUUGUGGGAACAUGAACUUUGCCAGAAGAACAGAGUGCAACAAGUGUGGAGCACCAAAACCUGGAGAUUCAAUUGGAGAUCGUGGUGGACGAGGAGGAUUCGGUGGGGACAGAGGAGGCUUUCGGGGACGCGGCGGCUUCCGUGGUGGCGACCGUGGCAGCGACCGUGGCGGAUAUGGAGGCUUCAAGAUGGGCGGCCGGGGCGAUCACAGAGAAGAACGACGUGACAGACCUUACUGAAGAUGCCUUGAGGAGUCAUUCCGGGCUGGAGAUUGAUUGGGGGGAGGGGGGGUGGCCACAUUUCCUUUCACUUGGCUUAUUUUUGUCCAUGUACCACAGAUUUGCUCCUAACCUGUUCCAUGCUGAGAUCCUCCAAUUCCGCUGCUCUCUCUCCCAGUAUGGAGUAGUACUGGUCAAGAUUUCCUAUCCCUUCUCAUAGCUGAGAGCAUGGAACGCAAUGUUAAAUUGUAAGAUAUUGCAUUUCCAAAUGACAUUGUUUUUUAAGAUGAAUAAAAUGUUUUACUUCUGAA